AAGUACAGCCUUUUGCCGCUCUUUUUGCAAUUGAUUCCGAAAGAGAAUCUGUCAAUCUGGAUGAAGGGAUACAAGACUAAUGCGGUUGGCUCCAAAUGCGCCCGAGAAAUGAAGAUAAUUGCAUUCACUCGUGAUUUUAAUCUACCCGAGGCUGCUUUGCCUAUCUUGUCUGGUAGAGAGCUAUCGAUCUGCCUUCAAACUCCAGAUGAUGUCAUUUACCUGACAGGGCACAGCGAGCAAGAACGUGAAGCUUUAUUUCGUCAUCUCUCCCACCAUCUCACGGCCCAUAUGUCACCUACUCAUUUUGGAGCAGGCAGAGCAGGAAUGAUAUAUCAUCCACCAAACCGAAUGCAUUCUAAUGAUUAUGAUCGUUAUUAUGGAUUGUCAAAGGGCGUCCCCAAGCGCGCAAGAAGUAACACAAAUCUUCUUGAGAAGGAGAUGUACUUUCCAAGACCUAUAGAACAAAAUGAGAGCGUCGAACCUGACUACACAUAUGUUAAGAGUAAGGAGCUCUUAGAUAAUGAAAUGGAGAAGGAAAGCGUCUACGGUGAAGAAUACGGAUCAGUCUAUGAGAGCAUACCUUACUCAUUUCCCUCGCGAUCUCUACCCCCUGUACCGCCCAAAGAUUGCAGAGCCAAGAAUAGGCCUGGUGGACGAGUAUUGGGAUGCGGCUGCCGCCUAAGACCAAGGAGUGAACAGAGUAUUCUGUUUCCAGACAACAUCCCGGAGGAUAAAAAUGAAUGCAACUUCGAUAUAAUUUCCGAGGGCAGUUCGGUGGACAGGGUAGAGACCCUGAGGCCAAUUAGAGAGCCUGAAGCCAACAUAGCCUAUGGAAGCGACACACCUGAAUAUCUAGGCGCAUUGAGAUCGAAGGAAGAAUCUCCAUUGUGUGGGAGUCCAUCGAAUCUUGAGUUCGUCGAAACGUUCCGAAGACAACAUUUCAAAAGGCGCCACACUAUCACCUUAAGUAAACCGACUAUGAACUGGAAAGCUGUUCGACUUAGCUAUGUGAAAGACGAAAUGUUAAUGAUUGCAGGGCUCCCUGAUAACUUGUACAACGAACUUCAUGUUGGUGAUGUAAUAACGAAGGUAAACAACAACGCUCUUCCAUUCAAAGACCGAUUCUACGAGCUCAUUGAGUCAACUAACAGUGAUGAGGUGGAAGUUGAAAUUUCCAGAGUACCCCAUGGAUGCUUUUGUCACGUGACUCUCAAAGUCAUUGGCGGAAUUGAGUUUCUUGGACUUUCAUUUUCAGACUGCGAGAAACAGGGUGUAGAGAUAACCGCCAUAGAUGAAGAUGGAUUGGUGUUCAAGAGCCACCAACUCCAGUAUUCCUGUCCUGUUGGGGUAAAAGACUCAACUAAGAGGGUCAACUGGGGUCUAGUGGAGAUCAACCAAAAACCAGUACCCCUCGAUAGUUCGAAACAACAGGUUGAGUAUCUUCUUCGUAAUGCAGGGACCGAUCUUGCUCUUGUACUUCUUCCUAUGGACCUUAUUCUUCAUCUACGAGAUUCUGUACUCUGAAGACACAGCACGAUGGGCUACAUCCCAUAUACAAUGGCGCAGGUCUUUGAAGACAAAUUUUGUUUGCGAACACGAUUUCUUGAUCAACCAGAAAGAAGUGGGCAAUAUUGUUAAUUAUAUGAUUGUAUUUGCUAGCUUAUAUCUUAGACUUUUAGGUCUGUAAAAUUAUGUGAUUCUGCAUCUGUAAAUUUAAGUUUAAUAGUCGAGACAUGCGGUCCUUACCAGAAUUAGUAUGAAAGUAUUGGAUGAAAAGCUAGAUAAAAAUAAUAUGUGACCUGCUACCCCAAAACAAACAAUAAGUCACCCAUAAUGAAUUGAUACAUUUAUUGAGUUUGAAAAAAAAUCCAAGCUUUAAAAAGAUGUAUGACUUGUCAAACUGGAUCAACGAUAACCCAGAUAUUCAAGUACUAAAUUGGAUAAACUAAUCGAGAACUUCAAAAAAAGAGAAGAUAACAACAACAAAAGUUCGGGGUUCAAUCAAACUUGAAAUGUGCACACUGUGCAAUCUCAGUGAAACGUCCAAGCUGUCCUCAAAACAUGUGUCAAAGAAACGGUUGUAUCUUGUUUAAGUUGUUUUUCAUUAAACUUUACAACUUGAAAUUAAAUAAUAAUAAAUAAAAAUUACAUUUCUUUAGCGCAUAAUACACAAGGGCCCGAAUUCACAAAGGUCGACUAAAGUUAUGACCGGGGUAUAACUCAGCCGUGGGUUAAAUUUAGCACCGGGUGCUAAAGUUAGUCCAUGGAUUAGUUAGUCCACCGUUUGUGAAUAGCGCGGUGGACUAACUUUAUACCCCGGUAUUAGUUAACCCCCGACUAAAUUUAACCCCGGUAUAACUUUAGUCGACCUUUGUGAAUUCGGGCCCUUGGUCUCUAUGCGCUUCACAUAUACAUGAUUUAAAUAUAUCAAAUUAUAUGGGCAUUGAACAAAAAAUAUACAAUUAAUCAAUUGUUAAACAAGUAUGUUUUAAGUGCAGUCUUAAUGGAUGGUGGGUGCAGUCCGGAUGACAAGUGGGAGAGUUCCAGAGGGUUGCAGCCCCGGGUGGGGGGGGGGGGGGCACUCAGUAUAUAAUGCAUAGUGGGUAUGUGCCGCGGAGGGGACCCCCAUUUUUACACUCAAAUUUCCGUUCCAAGGCAUACCGUUUUUGUCUUAUUGAGAAAAAGAACAAAGAAAGCCGCUCCAAAGCAUAGCAUUUUAUCUUCUUCAUACUUCCGUAAUACUUACAUUAACAUUUCGUCUUUCACAUAGCUAAGUCGAACAGCUUUCCAGUUCAUAGUCGGUUUACUUAAGGUGAUAGUGUGGCGCCUUUUGAAAUGUUGUCUUCGGAACGUUCUGAUGGUGGAGGGAAGACGGCAAGGUUGGUAGUUUAAUUUGAUUAAAUAUUUUCCAUUACGCCGUUCCGGCCGUAUUGAUCUGCUACAAUGAGCCGCAGUUUUGGUGAAAAGCGGCCGCGCAGCGCUGUCCGACCAUCGCAUCUGCGCUAGCGCACCCGGCGCCCGUAGCGCCGGGCUAUAGCUGCAUGCACGUAUGCCCGUUCCAUAGGGAUGAAUACGCAAUCACACGCAGGCGACCCGUUCCAAGGACCCCCGUUUUCACAAACAUUUGUCGUUCCGAAGCCCGUUUCGAGGACCCUCCUUUUUACAAUAAGCCCGUUCCAAGGCCCCCGUUUUUUGUCUCGCCCGCGGCACAUACCCACUAAUUUUUUGGUCGAGUGCCCCCCCCCCCGGGUUGCGCAGCAUUGAAGGUGAAGGAGCUAUAUGACCGUAGUACUGUCUUAAAACGAGGAACCUGAAGGAGAUGCUUAUUCUGUGACCUGAGAGCACGGGAAGGAGUGUAGGUGUUGAUGAGUUCAGAAAGAUAUGAAGGGCUUGAACCAGAAAGAGACUUGUAAGUGAUGAGGAGGAUCUUAAAGCGAAUCCGCUUGUCAAUUGGAGGCCAGUGGAGGUUACGAAAGGAGGGAUGAGUUAGAAGUCAGACCAGUAGCUCCAGUGGCGUACAUGUACCUAGGAUUUUUCACAGGGGGGGCAAAACCGUCCGCCCAAAAAUUUGA